CACAAUUUGCAUCAAUAUGGCAUGGGCUACAUAGAUAUUUUAAGCAACACACAAUGGAUGAGCCUAAGGCACAAAAGCUGCCGUUAGCAACAUUUAAGCCCUUUACAGAAGAAUCUUAUCAGUUUCUGGUUGAAAGAGAAGCUCAGCUCAAUGAGAGAGAGCUACAUCGAGCAAGGCAUGCACAGGAUGCUCAUCUUGUUGAUGGUGAGCUCAAAUUUGGUGCCCAAGAAGAAGAAGACAUUCUUCCCCCAGAAAAUCCAGAUCUUAGAGAAGGUUGUGUUCUUACAAAGGCUUAUGGUCGGUUUCCACCCCGUUUAAUAGGAAAGCCUAUAGAAGAAAUUGAUCCAGGUAUAAGAGGAAAAACUUUUGUGAUCAUUGGAUCUCGGUUUGGCAAGCCCUAUAUCUACAGAUUUACGGCCACGAAGUCCUUGUUUAUUUUUCCUCCAUGGAAUCUUGUGAGACGCAUAACGCUACUGAUUGCUACUAAUCAGUUUUUUGACCUAUGCAUUUUCCUAACCAUUAUUGCCAACUGUGUUUUUUUGGCAAUGCCAUAUCUUGCAAUUGCUGAGAAAGUUGAAUAUUUGUUUUUAGCUAUAUAUUCUUUAGAGUGCAUAAUUAAGAUGCUAGCUCGAGGAUUUAUGUUUAAUAAACACACAUAUCUUCAUGAUCCGUGGAACUGGCUAGAUUUUAUUGUUGUGUCAACAUCGUACAUGACAAUUGGAUGGCAGUUAAUGUCUCAAGAUUUAUCAGUUGGAAAUUUACAGGGAUUGCGGACAUUUAGAGUACUCAGAGCAUUAAAAACUGUGUCCAUUGUUCCAGGUCUCAAAACAAUGGUCAGUGCCUUACUAAGAGCAUUCAGAAUGCUUUUUGAAGUAAUCUUGUUAACCUUCUUUUGCUUAAUGGUGUUCGCUAUGUUUGGACUCCAAAUUUUCCUUGGCACUUUCCGCCAAAAGUGUGUCAAAGAAGUUACAGGAUACUUUGACAAUCCCACCAUGUCUCUUGAUGUUUAUUAUGCUGAGUGGAUUCGCAAUCCCGAUAACUGGCUGAUGGAUGAGUACCAAGAAUAUGUAGUGUGUGGAAAUUCAAGUGGAGCAGGACAAUGCCCAGAAAAAUUUGUCUGUUUGCCUGAUAUUGGGGACAAUCCACGAUUUGGCUACCUCAGUUUCGAUCACUUUGGAUGGGCCUUACUUACCUGCUUUCAGUUAGUUACCUUAGACUUUUGGGAAGAUAUUUAUAAUAAGGCCAUUCGAGCUACAGGCCCAUGGAAUGUUAUCUAUUUUAUCGUUGUGAUUUUCUUUGGAUCAUUCUACCUCAUCAAUCUAAUGCUGGCUGUGGUUUCAAUGUCUUAUGAGGAAGAGGCAGUCAGUGCUGGAAAGGAGAAAGAAAGAGAAAAGAAAGAAAAUGCCAGGAACAAGCACAAUGCAUUGUAUGAUGUCACUAUGAUGCACCAGAAGGCUAAAGUCUUGGGCAAUAAGGCUAAAACCAUGGCCCGAACUAGAUCUUUAGGUUUGAUUGAUGAAAGCUCAAGUGACAAAUCCUCGGACACAUUGAACAAGACAAACAGUAAUGCUGCAGGGGAAAGUAACGAGCCUGAGAAGUCAGACAGUAGAAUAUCUGCAGUUGAUCCUGUCGAUGAAAAUCUGUUAUCCCAAGGUUUCACUCCAACCUUCUUUUGGAAGGAGAACAAAAGUCCUUCAACAAAAGGUGUAGUGAUGGAAGGAAUCACCAUAAUCAAAGCGGACACACUGUUGGACCCAGACAUUGGUGCCUUGGAAGGUCAAGUUAUCGACCGCAAUUGUGAUUGCUGUGAAAAGUGGAUGUGCCUGUACAUCAAAUUUCUCCAGCUGCAGAACUCUUUCUAUGUAUUUGUUUCCGACCCCUUGUUCGAUCUUAUUAUAACUUUCUGUAUCUUCAUCAACACCCUGUUUUUGUCGCUUGAGCAUCACAAUCAGUCAGACACUCUAACUACUAUCUUGAGAGUCUCCAAUGCUAUAUUUACAGCAGUGUUUUCUAUAGAAGCUGCCUGCAAGAUAAUUGGCCUUGGAAAGUAUUACUUUGUGGUGGGUUGGAACAUUUUUGAUCUAGUCAUAGCCAUAGCCAGUAUUCUGGAUUUAGGCAUGGAGACAGUCGAUGGAUUAAAUGUCUUACGGACAUUCCGACUACUGAGAGUUUUCAAAUUAGCCCAAUCCUGGCCAACAAUGAGACUCUUGCUGACUAUUAUCGUAAGCACGCUGGGUGCUCUAGGUAACCUCUGCCUUAUUCUUGGAAUCGUCAUAUACAUAUUUGCUGUUAUUGGCCUGCAGCUCUUUCGUUCACAGUACACAGAUGACGUGUACGCUGGAGAUUUUCCUAGAUGGCAUUUUCGAGAUUUCUAUCAUUCUAUGUUAAUGAUUUUCCGUGUACUAUGUGGAGAGUGGAUAGAGCCACUUUAUGAUUGUAUGAGAGCAUCAAAUGAACUUUGUAUGGUAGUUUUUUUGCCAGCUCUUGUCUUUGGAAACUUUGUGGUCUUGAAUCUCUUUCUUGCUUUACUGCUGAAUGCUUUUGCCAGCGACUCACUAGACAAGCACAGAGAGACUAGCUCAGAGCGCUCCAAGCUGAUGGAUGGAUUUGACAGACUGCGCCAGCUGCUGUGCUGUUGUUGUUCCUGCCCUAAUGGUAAGGUGGAGCCGUCUGCCAACACCCAACAAUUUCCAUCUCAGGGGGAGCAGGACACAGCGUUGUCAACAAAAGAUGGAAAAGGUGAAGAUCUUUUCACUGGCAUGAAUACUUUCAAUGAAAGCAAAUUUGGCAAGACAUGGACCUGUUGCAGAAACUUUAUCAGAAAGAUAGUAGAGCAUAGGUUUUUUGAGUCACUUGUACUGAUCAUGAUAUUAGGAAGUAGCCUGUCUUUGGCAUUUGAAGACAUCUAUCUAUAUCAGCGUAAGACAUUGCAGUACAUACUAGGUAUCUGCAACUUCACCUUCUCUGUGCUGUUUACUAUUGAGAUGGUUCUCAAACUGAUUGGCCUGGGUCUGACUGAGUACUUCACCAACUUCUGGACCAUAUUAGACUUCUUUAUUGUCUUUACAUCAAUAACUAGCAUGGCUAGUGACUACAUUGGUCUCAACAAAAUGACUGGUUUUAGGUCCCUGAGAACAUUGCGCUCACUCAGACCUUUAAGAGCAAUAUCAAGGUGGCAAGGAAUGAAGAUUGUGGUAAAUGCUUUGAUGAACGCCAUUCCAGCUAUUAUCAACGUCUUCCUUGUCUGUAUGGUUUUCUGGCUGAUCUUCAGCAUCAUGGGUGUACAAUUUUUCAAGGGUCGGUUUUAUAAAUGUAGAAAUGCAACAAAUAAACAAGUGUUUGAAGCAGACAUUGUUGCCAGUAAGGCUGAUUGUGACAUUGUCAAUGGUGUGUGGGAGAACUCUAAUGUCAACUUUGACAAUGCGGCUAUUGGUUUUCUAGCAUUGUUCCAAGUUGCAACAUUUGAAGGCUGGAUGGAAGUGAUGGCUGAUGCUGCUGACUCAACUGAAAUUAAUAAUCAGCCCAGAUAUGAGGCCAACCUGUAUGCCUAUAUCUACUUUGUUGUUUUUAUUGUGUUUGGAUCAUUCUUUUCAUUGAAUCUUUUCAUUGGAGUCAUCAUUGAUAAUUUUAAUGUCCUCAAGAAAAGGUAUGAAGGUAGUUACCUGGAUGCUUUCCUCACCCAAAGUCAACGUAAUUACUACAACACAUUAAAAAAAUUUGUAAAAAGAAAACCUCAGAAGACCAUAAAAAGACCACAGAACAAGUUUCAGCUUUACUUUUACAACUUGGCAAUGAGCAGCAAAUUUGAGUUGAGCAUUGUUCUUCUUAUUUUCUGCAACAUGGUCAAUAUGGCUAUUGAGCAUUACAAGGGAUCCAAAGCUAUCAGUCAGGGCAUGGAGAUGGUCAAUCUACUUUUUACUGUAGUCUUUACCCUUGAGGCUGCUGUCAAGUUAAUUGGAUUGCGACAUCAUUAUUUUCGGUUUCUCUGGAAUGUUUUUGACUUCUCAAUAGUUGUAGUAUCAUUAUUUGUCACAUGGGGAAAAUACUUUUUACCAGCCAAUUCGUACAAUGGAAGGCUAUUUGAUAGGAUGAUGGCAAAUUUAUUUGUAACACCAACACUCUUGCGAGUUAUUAGAGUUUUUCGAAUUGGAAGAAUUUUGCGUAUUAUUAAAAGUGCCAAAGGAAUUCGUAAACUUCUAUUUGCUCUCAUUAUUUCACUUCCAGCUAUAUUCAACAUUGGAGCUCUGUUAUUCUUAAUUAUGUACAUGUAUGCAAUCAUAGGAAUGUCUUUGUUUCACAAUGUGAAAAUUAAUGGGGCCUUUACUGAAAUAAUUAAUUUCCAAACUUUUGGGAACAGUUUUAUGUUGCUCUUGCGCCUGGCCACUUCUGCUGGAUGGAACGAUAUACUGGAUGCUCUUUUAAUAAGCCCACCAUAUUGUGAUUCAGAGUUUUACUACUUGCCAGAUAAAGAUCUCCAUAUUGCAGCAAAUGGUGACUGUGGCAUUCCCUACUUAGCCAUACCGUACAUGGUCAGCUACAUUGUUAUAGUCUAUCUGAUUGUGAUCAACAUGUAUAUUGCUGUGAUUCUUGAAAAUUUUAGCCAAGCUCACGAGCAGGAGGAGCUGGGCAUUACUGAAUAUGACUUUGAUAUGUUUUACGUCACGUGGGAGAAGUAUGACCCUCUCGCAACUCAGUUCAUUAGAUUUGACCAACUUGCUAACUUCGUAGGGGAGCUUGAGGCACCUCUGCAGCUCCCAAAACCAAAUGAAAUUGCUUUGGUUUCUUUUAAUAUUCCUAUCAUGGAAGGGGAGAAAAUGCAUUGCUUGGAUAUUUUAAUUGCCCUUGUAAAAAAUGUUUUAAAUGAUGUUGAAGAUUCUGAAGAACUGAAGAUAUUAAAGGAGCAAAUGGAAGCAAAGUUUGCUGAACAUUUCCCUGUAAGGGUUAACAUCACUGUUAAAUCUAGCACGCUGCAACGGAAAAAAGAAGAUGUCGCUGCUAGAACAUUGCAACGGGCUUGGAGAAGCUACAAAGCCCACAAAGCAAUGAGGAACAUCACCGCCUUAGCAGUUCAACUCAAAAUACGAAAAUCAAGCAACGCUGGGAUACGCACACGUAGUGAAGCAAUACGCAAUUUGGAUACUAAACUAAAUGAAGCCCUCACAUAUUAUUUCAAAAACAGAUCCAACCUAAACAUUCCAACGUACUCACUGGAGAUGAAUAUAUCUGAUAAUGCUGGCAACUCAAGCGAAACUGGUAAAAAUUCUAAUGUUAAUGAAAAUUUAAGUGAAGAACACAGCAGUAAAAUUGAUUUAUGACCUGCUCACACUUAAAAAUAAUCUCCCUCUGUAAUGACUUUGCCAAUCACUUUCACUGUCAAUUAAGUACACCAAUGAUGUAUGCUCAUCCCUGCCAACUACUUCUACCAAUAAACAAUGUAAGAACCCAUCCCUGCCAAUAGGGCUGGUAAGUAGGUCACCAACCAGUUCUAUGGCUCAAUAAACACUGAAAGAGUCAUAGAACUGGUUGGUGACCUACUUACCAGCCCUAUUGCUUCCACCACAAAAACAUUG